UUUGGCCCUCAACCUUCUAUCACCACAUCGUAACGCCAUAACGAGACACUCCGAAGGUACGAAUAAAACCUGUCAAUUCCACCUCUUCUACGUCUAUACAACAUCGUUCAACAUAUUGUUUGACGUACUGCACCCUUAUUCCUCGCUACUGCCGCCAUACGUCAUCCGCAUCAACCAAAUACUAACGUCAAAUUUUCAGAAAUGUCGUCCAAGGGAAAGGCUCCUGCCGGUAAGGCUCAGCGCUCCGCCAUUGCGGACGUUGUUGCUCGCGAAUACACCAUCCACAUGCACAAGAGAAUGCACGGUGUCACAUUCAAGAAGAGAGCUCCCCGCGCUAUCAGAGAGAUCAAGGCUUUCGCCACCCGCGCUAUGGGUACCACCGAUGUCCGCGUGGACCCCGUGCUUAACAAGAAGGUCUGGGAGCAGGGUGUUAAGGGUGUUGCCUACAGACUCCGCGUCCGCAUUUCCCGCAGAAGAAACGACGAGGAGGGUGCCAAGGAGAAGCUUUACAGCUACGUGCAGGCCGUUAACGUUAAGAACCCCAAGGGCCUCCACACCGUUGUUGUUGAAGAGUAAAAUGGAGUUAGGCUCUUGGGUGUGGAAAAUUUGAAUGGUUUAUGGUGGCAUUUGGCAUUUUGGAGUUGCAACCGGCUUUUCUAGCUUUUCAUGCAGAAAAUAAACAGGACGUAAGAUCCAAUUUCUACU